AUGGCUGCUCUGUGUUUCCCUCCAGGGGUGGCAGGAGAGGAGGAGCUGCAGGUGCUUCAACCUGACAAGUCAGUGUCGGUGGCGGCCGGAGAGUCGGCCAUUCUGCGCUGCUCCGUGACCGCCCUGGUCCCCGUGGGGCCCAUCGAGUGGUUCAGGGCGACUGGGCGAAGCCGAGAAUUAUUCCACAGUCAAAGAGCCCCCUCCCCACGGGUAACGCCUCUUGAAGAUAUCACAAAGAGAAACAACAUGGACUUCUCCAUCCGCAUCAGUAACAUCACCCCAGAGGACGCCGGCACCUACUACUGUGUGAAGUUCCGGAGAGGAACUCCUAGCAACGGUACCCAGGCCUGGCACCCGGGCCGGGGCUCCUCCCUAGAGGUGCUGACUAAAAAAUACUGUCUUGUGACGAUCCGUGACAGUGUCACAUACUUAUCAUUCCUGAUGGUCGUUGCAAUCACGUCUCCUGUUUAUAAAUGCUCCUUUGUAGCCAAACCCUCUCUCCCUGUGGUAACGGGCCCCGCGGCAAGGGUCACAGCUAACCAGACGGUGAACUUCACCUGUGAGUCCCAUGGCUUCUCCCCACGAGACAUCACCCUGAAGUGGUUCAAAAAUGGCAAUGAGCUCUCAGACUUCCAGACCAGCGUGGACCCUGCAGGCAAAAGCGUCUCCUACAGCCUGCGCAGCACAGCCAAGGUGGCGCUGAACCCUGGAGACGUCCACUCUCAGGUCAUCUGCGAGGUGGCCCACGACACCUUGCAGGGGGCCCCUCUCCGUGGGACUGCCAGCUUGUCUGAGACCAUCCGAGUUCCGCCCACCUUGGAGGUUACUCAACAGCCCACGAUGGCAGGGAGCCUGGUGAACGUCACCUGCCGGGUGACAAGGUUCUACCCCCGGAGCCUACAGCUGGCCUGGUUGGAGAACGGAGAUGUGUCCCGAAUAGAAAUGGCCUCGAUCCCCAUAGAGAGCAAGGAUGGGACCUACAGCUGGACCAGCUGGCUCCUGGUGAACUCAUCUGCCCACAGGGAGGACGUGAAGCUCACCUGCCAGGUGGAGCAUGACGGGCAGCCGCCGGUCAGCAGAAGCCACGUCCUGGUGGUCUCCACCCACCAGAAGGAGCAGGGCGCAGGUGCCACCCCUGGCUCGGCACCAUCUUCUCCUGUGCCCCUCCUCGUAGCUUUCCUUCUGGGCUCCAAAGUGCUGCUGGUGGUUGGUGUCACUGCCGUCUAUGUCCACAGGAAGCAGAGGGCCUGACCGGCUCAGCCGGAGAGAAGGAGCCGGAGAGAACCUUCCACAGACUUGGCUCCAAAUGCCUCCCCUCCCAGGACCUCCACCUGCCCUCAGCCUCCUGUAUCGGCAUUGUCAGUCCCCGAUGUCCCCAGGGCCAGGUCUUCUUUCGUGGUCCUGAACGGGGCGAUGGAUCAGGCGGAGGGGCUGACUCGUAACACGCUCCUAGAACGUGAGAAACAAGCCAAACCUAAGUGCCUCCGGACCUCUCUCACCCACGGCCUCAGGAUCGGCCGUGAACCUCAGACUCCCGUCCGGGCUGUCUGGAUCCCAGCCUGCCCCAGCUCCCCAGCCGUGCUGAACUUCUCCAGUGUCUCCCGAAUACAAAUGAACCCCCAUCCCGGUUCAAGAAGAAAAAAUUAUUUUCCUUCCUCUUUGUCUAAAUGUCCUACUUCUCGGACCCAGAAAGAAAAUAACUUUUCCCUCCUCUCUCUGUGAUGGCAACACCAGCUCAUCCAUCUCCCUGCAUCCUUCCGGCCCUGUUGUUGCUCAUGGCGGAAAUGCUACGACAAUCUGAAAAACCUUGGAGUCCUUUUUGAUGUCUCUGUUCUUAACACCCCAUAUUCAGUUCUGCUUUCGAAAUGCACGUGUCCCCUGGUGAAAUGGUAAAUGUUUAACAAUUGACUUUGAAAGGGGAGGAAAAAAGCCUAACUUGUGUUGCUUCUCAAUUUCUGCGGUGUAAAUACUCCCAGUGUGGUCAAUUUCAAGUUACCAACCGUUUAACAACCGGACUGCAAAACUGACAUUUUACAACAGGCCAAGCCUGCUCCAGCACACCUCUGUUAUAUCCGUAACCUGCACACUUCUGACCCCCAGGCCCCCUCCCUGUCCCAGCCAAAGUCACCUCUUUCUGGACUAUUGCUGUAGCCUCUAACUGGCUUCCCUAUUUCAACCGCAGCAAUUCUUUGAAAAAGUAAGUCAAAUUUUCACUCCUUUGCUAUUCUCCAACAUAGCUGCAUGGCUCACUCCCUCCCUCCUUUCAAGCCUCCGCUCAAUGUCACUUUAUUAAAGGCUUUUUUUGCACACCACCUUAUAUGAAAUAUUAAUUCCCUUCUUUCUC